UCAGCUCUGUGAAUCUGUUUACAGCACAGAGUGAAGUGCAGCUAUUGGUAUGAAGCUCUGGAAAGAAGUAUACAGACAGCAAGAGCAAAUGUGACAUAAUGUUAAUCCCCUGAGCCAGGCAGGCAGGAUCACUAAACAGAGAGAUCAGGCUUGUGUGGGAAGGCUGGUGCGUCUCCUCGUUUAAUGGAAGAAAACUCCACUGGAAGUAAAGUUCAUGAAAAAAACUUUGGGAUUUCAAGAACAGUCAUACGGGCAUAAUAUGUAAUCUUAUCCCUCAGAGCUCAGAAAAGAGAACAUUUUUUAAAAUAAAAUACACCAUGUGAAGAAGGGAAAAGAAAAUGUGAAAACUAAAGAAAAGAAGGAUAACAAGCAAAUAAAAAAAAAAACUAAAAAGGCUAUGGAUAUGAUAACUUCACUGGGACUACCUUAAGGACACUGAUAAGCUCUCAGUUAUGGAGAACGGAGAUGAAGUGAUUGGGAGCUCAAACCUCAUGGUGAUCUCCGAAGAGAAGAAGUAUGAACGUUGCCGCCAGAAAGACUGUUGUGAACGAGUGGUUAUCAAUGUGUCCGGGUUGCGGUUUGAGACUCAGAUAAGGACACUCAGUCGGUUCCCUGACACUUUGUUGGGAGACCCAAGGAGACGAAUGCGAUUCUUUGAUCCACUGAGGAAUGAGUAUUUUUUUGACCGGAAUAGGCCAUGUUUUGACUCGAUACUAUACUUUUAUCAGUCAGGGGGUCGACUACGACGGCCUACUAAUGUACCCUUAGAUGUCUUCAUGGAGGAGUUAGUAUUUUACCAGCUUGGAGAUGAUGUGAUCAGGAAAUUUAGGGAAGAUGAAGGGUUUCCUAAAGAUGAAGAGAGACUUCUUCCUGAAUGUGAGUUUCUGAAACAAGUUUGGCUUCUCUUUGAACACCCAGAUAGUUCAUCUGCUGCUCGUAUCAUUGCCAUUAUCUCUGUCAUGGUCAUCCUGAUUUCUAUAGUCAUCUUCUGCUUAGAAACGCUACCUGAAUUCCGGGAUGAAAGGGAUCUGUCCUUACCGGUGCAGCCUCUUCAUCGGAAUAACAUCACCCAACACAUUAGAGAGAAAAGUCCAUUUGAAGAUCCAUUCUUUAUUGUGGAAACAAUAUGUAUCUGUUGGUUCUCUUUUGAACUCUCUGUCCGUUUCAUUGCUUGUCCCAGCAAAGCUGCCUUCUUCAAAGAUAUCAUGAACAUGAUUGACUUUGUAGCUAUAAUACCAUACUUUGUUGCUCUAGGCACAGAACUAGCUCGCCACAGAGGUGUGGGCCAACCAGCUAUGUCAUUGGCCAUUCUCAGGGUAAUCCGUUUGGUGAGAGUCUUCCGUAUCUUCAAGCUGUCCCGACACUCCAAGGGAUUACAGAUAUUGGGACAGACACUGAAAGCAAGUAUGCGAGAACUUGGGCUUCUUAUAUUUUUUCUGUUUAUUGGAGUUAUACUCUUCUCCAGUUCAGUAUACUUUGCAGAAGCAGAUCAUGAAGACACCAAGUUUACCAGUAUCCCUGAAGCAUUCUGGUGGGCUGUAGUAACAAUGACAACAGUGGGCUAUGGAGAUAUGUCUCCUGAGACUGUUGGUGGUAAACUGGUGGGCUCACUCUGUGCUAUUGCUGGUGUGUUGACCAUCUCUCUUCCUGUGCCAGUCAUUGUAUCCAACUUCAGUUAUUUCUAUCAUCGUGAGACAGAGUGCUCAGAUACAGGCCAGUAUAGUCAUGUUGGUUCAUGUCCUAAUGGUCCACCCCAUACUCCAAAAACCGGAGGGAAGGAAAAAAGUCCCAAACUGGAUAAGAAUUUAUAUAGCAAUUCCAACGCAGAAUACCUGGAUGGACUUGGUCCUGUGGAUGGCAAAUGUGCAAACUCUGGACAGUCACAUAUUAUAACUGAAGUGUGACGUACGCAACUGUGGCUUUUUCCCAUCCAGUAGCAUUUCAUCAUCAUCAUCAUCAUUUCAUCAUACUUAAUUUUGGAGUCUUAAAUAAAGAGUAUUGUGGCCAAUUGGUUGGAGAAAAUAUGAAUAGUAUACUGCUGAAUUUUUAAAACACUUACUUUAAAUUAGAAAGAACAUUGGAAGUAUAGUAAUGGCUUUUGGCAAUCUUUAGAAAAACAAGGUUUCCACAGAAAAAGAUAUAGAAUUGGGGUAGACAUAAGAAUUUUUUAAAGAAACGUAUAACAUGAGCAUUGUAGUGAAGAAUACUGGAUUGCAAAUUUAGCACUUACUCUUGGCCAUUGGAAGGUUCUACAACAAGUUGAAGAGCGAAGAAUCCAGCAAUUAUGGCAUACUGCACUAUUAAAGUACAUGUGUUGGACACUUCAGGGUAACAGUGAGAUCAGGCUCAAAUGAUGACAAUUGACUAAACUGACAAAUAGGACAACAAAGGUACUGUAGCUGAGGGCGAAGGUGCAGAAUGUGCAUCAUCUGUCUAGUCUCCAAAGACAGCACAGGAAGCUGAUUGUAUGGUAGCUUUAUACUACACUGCUGAAUGUUAGCUAUUAUAAUAAUGUGAUCAUUACAGACUGGAAAAUUUAGUGUUCACCUAGAAGGGAACCGGAAAAGUUAUGUUUGUGAAACAUUUUAUUUAAUCCAUUUUAACAGUCUUUCAGUUUACAAACAUAUUUGUAAUUUUUUAUAGACAGUAUGAGCUUUGUCUUUGAAGAACACUGCACUACACAAGGGUGAUUCCUAUAUGAAUAGGUCUUGAGAAAGAAUCUCAAGGCAAAAUAUACUAGUGGCAUAACUAGUUAUGCUCAUUUCACUGUUAUUUCCCUGGUCACUGGCCAUAUGGAAUAAUCUUUGUGUAAAGUCACAAAAAGCACAAUAAGGGAAAUUUAUCAAAUCUGGUGUAAAGAAAAACUGGAUUAUUGCCUAAAACAACCAAUCACAUUCCAUCUUUUAUUUUUCAGUGCUCCUUUGGAAAAUGAAAGGUGUAAUCUAAUUGAUUGCUGUGGUCAACUAAGCCAGUUUUCCUUAACACUAGUUUUGAUAAAUCUUCCCCAAUGUUCUUUUGCUAUAUAAACUUCAAUCAAAUCUUUUGUCUUAAUUUUUGCUAAAAGUCUUCUUUAAAAAAAUAAUAAUAAUGACGUUUAAGUUACUUCACUGGAAAUUAAGGCGCAAUCCAUCCCCUCCAUGUUCAUGCUAAGUUUUACAUUCAUGCAUUACCUCUUAUGAUUUCUUAGUCUUAACAGGUGGCCUGUAAUAGGUGCAUCUCUAGUUGAAAACAUGAAAAUUCAGAUGUGAAUGCAGUUGACCAUAACAUUAGACUCAUUCUCAUUCCAGGCUUCUAAGAUACCGAGGUAUGAGAAGUUGUAUGGUGGGGUCUGCAAAGUUGUAACUUGAAGCGCUUAGGACCCAAUGUAAGUGUAUUUGGGUCUCCCUAUGGCCCAGGGCCAUUGCUACCUCUGCACCCCCUACUGCGACUAACUCAGAGUCCUCACACUUUAGACCUGCUUAGCCUGUACUUGUACUUGCUGUUAACACUGAGGGAAACCAGUAACACUAGCAAUUUUAUUUUUCUGAUUAACAUAAAGGUUAAAAAAAAUGAAAUUUUGAUCUACUUGUCUCUACAGAACCACUAUUUUGUUAGGCACAGAAAAAAAAAUCCAAAGUUCCCAUCAUAUCUUUACAUUGUGUAAAGAACCCGGUAAACAACUCUUUCUAUGUCAGCUUCUUGGACUGUGAUCACAGCUGAAUUUCUAGGAUAUGAGUUUUGUAUGACAUUAAAAAGGCUCCUCUUUAAUUCUAAAUACAUACAACAAAUGGCCAAAGCUGUCCCAUUGGUAACAAUAGAAAAAUACCUUUGGUAUUACAGAUGGAUAGUCCAAUUAUGGUGGCUACAAUUCUUUUGACUACAACUACCUUAAAAAACAUUUACAUGAGAUACUAACGUACACUAUAGAAAAGGUCUAAACUGUAGAAUGAGGUGAUGAACAAAAACUGCAACAUUUCUUCUACAUAGACAAGCCUACAAGACCCUUACACCAGACCAGAGCAUUCUGAGACAAAUAUUGCAUAUCUUCACUUCCAAGCUGUCACAUAAAAUGUAAGUUAAUCAUAGGGGCUACUAUUUCAAUCUCUACCUCUUUGAGAAGUUUCCGAAGGCAGUCAGGUCAUGGCCAUUACAAACUAAUGAGAGGACUAUAAUUGGUUCAAUCAACUGGUCUACUGAAAGGUCUGACAGGAUAGACAGCAUACUUGUCUUUGAAUGAGCUUUUCACUCUAGCAAGACAGUGAAUGAGGUGAAGUGAUCUGUUGAAGAUUGGUUCUUGGGAGGUGGAGGGUUUUGUGAUCUUAAGCCUCGAUGACAUGAAGAAAAAUAAAACAUCUAUGCAUUCAGAGCAUUCGAGGAAGGUGGACAAUUAGUUUUGCUUAAGAGUGUGAACUUUUAAAGCUGGCAUUGCUUUUGAAUUUCUCAUAAGUAUUACGAACUGCAUUCAUGGUACUUGUAAACAAGCCACAGUGGUUUGAGUGCUUUUUUUGCAUAAAUAUAUAUAAUUUGCUAUAAUUUAAUUAAAAAAUAAAUGAUACUAUGCCAAUUGUUUACACAGGACUACGAUAUAAAAGUGCCAAACAUACAACGGCCAGUGCAACAGGCCACUUCUUAAUACAUUACAUGUAAGCAGAACAUUAUCUUGGAAAAUGUAUAUUUAUCUAAUAAACCUUUUAUUUAUUGCAAA